AUGGCUAAGAUACCGGUUUUUCUGCUGCAUCUUCUGCUGCUGAUCGACGGCCAUGCUUUUGCUCCUCUUCCAUCUGUGAGCUCGCGACGCGUUGUUGCUCUUAGAGAAGGCACACUACCUUCAGACAAUGAUACAACUACCAACAUUCGACAAGAUAUCGAAGCGAUGCGUCAAGAAGCCAUGCAACGUCUCGACGCCUUAUCCGAGCAAAUGGAAGAUCUGAAGAGAGAGAACCAGUGCUACCAUGAGCAGGAGUCUAAUCACUACGUAUCUACUGCCAGAACACCUACAGCCAGUGCACCGUCGUCCACAGCCCUAGGCAGUAUGAAAGACAAAGUACCGGCACAAGACAUACCGGUCAGCGAAUUGACAACCAAUAGCGAAACUUCUUCAAAGCAGCUAGAAACGGACAACAUUUUGAAAUCACACACCUCCAAGGCCCUUGAAAGCAAGAACACAUUGCCCACCACGAGCAAACCUCGUCGUCUAGACCUUUUAGACAAUACUCGCUGGAAGCUAGUAUUUAAUAUUGGCCGUGAGACGGGAACCUGGAUGCCGGCUGGCUGGGGUGCAUCUGGCAAACGCCUGUGCUUUCAAGUAGUGGCUGACCUGAGCAGCGACCCCUUGUAUGAUACUGAAGACUUUUUCCACGGAAGCUCCGGUGGCAAAGUUCUCAACGUGAAGGAUGCUUUUGUUUUGCCACACGGAAACGUUGGUCGUCGACCCGUCAAAGUUAAAUCGACCGGCGGUUACAAGGUUGUAGCGGGACAAGGACCAAUGGGGACAGAUGUGGUGCGUAUGUACGUUGAACUCGAGGAAGCUAUUUUUGCAGGGGGGAAUAAAGAGUUGUACUGCCCCGCUGGACGCGUAUACGGAACUUGCGGAUACUUCCCCAUGGAAUCCUUCCAGCAUAAUCUCGACCAACCAGGCUGCAAGGAUGCUUGUGCUAGAGAAUAUCACGCUGUCUUGAGAGAGUACGAAGUUCUGCAAGCAAGUAUGCAGGAAGAUUCCCGAGUGUUUGCUCUGGAGAAAAUUAAAAUGAUGAAAACCUUGUAUGAUAAGAAAAGGCAGCUCCAGGAUACUGCGAAGCGUCUACAACAAGCCCGGCAGAGGGAGCCGGAGCGAGCCCAACUACGAUUGUCGCGAAACGGAGAUGUGGCUCUAUCGCGGGAAGGGGGCGUUUGUUGCAAGGUGCACAAGGGGCUGGCACUUGAAUAUCACAUUCUCGGCCGUAUGGAGCUAGGAUCCAUUGAUGUUCGCAACGAGCAUGAUGAAUACGAAGACCUGGUACACGGAUUACAUCCUUAG